CAGUGGCGGGCUAAACCAUGUCCUUGAGCCCCAAACAUUCAACCCCUUUCUCAGUGAGCGAUAUUUUGAGCCCGAUCGAAGAGACUUUCAAGAAGUUUGCAGCCAUGGAGAGUACAGCGAGCCUGGCAUCUCCUCUCUACAGGCAGACUCAGGUGUCUCAGGCAAACCUGCAACAGCACAGCAUGAGCCAUAAUACCUACCACAUGCCCCACUCUCAGUUCUCACACACCACCAUGGGAGGAUACUGCAACGGGACUAUUGGUACCAUGGGAGACCUGCCGUCUUACCAGGAGAGCAUGAGGAACAGCGCAACGGCGACGGCCUGGUACGGCUCGAACCCGGAGCCAAGAUAUCCAACAAUUUCCAGGUUUAUGGGUCCAUCGUCGGGCAUGAACAUGGGAACACUAACAGGAAUGGAUGCAACUAAAUCUAUGGUGACUUUACAUGCUGCGCCACGGAGAAAACGGCGCGUCCUCUUUUCUCAAGCGCAGGUCUACGAGCUGGAGCGACGAUUUAAGCAGCAGAAAUAUCUGUCGGCACCGGAAAGAGAACAUUUGGCUAGCAUGAUUCACCUGACGCCGACCCAGGUUAAGAUCUGGUUCCAGAACCACAGGUAUAAAAUGAAACGCCAAGCGAAGGAUAAAGCGUCCCAACAGCAACAAGGGGACACUGGAAACAUGUGCGCGCAACAGUCACCAAGGCGCGUCGCCGUGCCCGUGCUUGUCAAGGACGGUAAACCGUGUCAGAACGGCUCCAACACACAGACAACGGUUCAUCAACAGGUGCAGAAUGUGUUGAGCAGUGAGACUUUAGCUUCAGCUGAAGAUUUGGAGGAAAUGUCACCCAGUCCACCUCUCAUGAACAGCCUGUCUCAAACUGACGCAGCGCUCAUUGAAUACACCAGCAGUAUGGUGAACUCAAACCUGCUGUACGGCAGAACAUGGUGA